AUGGCGAUUCCAUCUCUCGUUAUUCUUCCCCUGGGUAUCCUCUUCCUUCUCUCAGGCCUCAUUGUGAACUUCAUUCAGGCUCUUUUCUUCAUUCUUGUCCGACCAUGUUCCCGCAAUAUCUACAGGCGGAUCAACAAAGUUGUUGCAGAACUGUUGUGGCUACAGCUCGUAUGGCUUUUUGACUGGUGGGCAAACAUGAAGGUUGAGUUGUUUGUAGAUUCUGAAGAUUUUCAACUAAUGGGUAAAGAACACGCACUUCUUUUACCCAAUCAUCGAAGUGACAUUGACUGGCUUGUUGGUUUGAUCCUUGCUCAGCGUGCAGAUUGUCUUGGUAGUUCUUUGGCUGUAACGAAGAAAUCAUCCAAAUACCUCCCUGUUCUGGGUUGGUCUAUGUGGUUUUCGGAAUACAUUUUCUUGGAAAGAAAUUGGGCCAAAGAUGAGAACACAUUGAAGUCAGGUUAUGAGCAGCUGAAGGAUUUCCCUCGGCCUUUCUGGCUUGGUCUUUUUGUGGAAGGGACCCGGUUAACACAGUCAAAGCUUUUAGCAGCUCAAGAAUAUGCUCGGUCUGUUGGAUUACCCAUCCCUAAGAAUGUCUUGGUUCCCCGGACUAAGGGUUUUAUAUCGGCUGUAAAUCACAUGAGAUCUUUUGUUCCAGCUAUAUAUGAUAUUACAGUGACGACAAUUCUUAAUGAUGAACCACAACCAACAAUGUUGAGUAUAUUUAGCGGGAAAUCAUCAGUGGUUCGUGUUCACAUUAAGCGAUAUCCAAUGGAGGAGCUGCCUGAAACGAAUAGUGGCAUUGCACAGUGGUGCAAGAAUUUGUUUGUGGCCAAG